UCAUUUUUAAAAAGGAAAAAUUUAAUUUUUACAAUUUUUAAACUUUAAUUUUAAAUUCUCGUUUAAUAUGAAAUUUAACGUAAAAUGUUAAUUUCAACUAUUUUAAUGGAUUUAACUGGUGUAAAAUAGUUUUUAACGAUCUUACUAUGUGUGAGAAUGUUGGUUGGUAUAAGAUAUUACGCUUUGGAGAUAUUGAACCGUGGGUAUAAUCUCCGUUUCCUCCGUUUACUACGUCGGAAUUACAGACUACUCUUCCCCAAAUGGAUAAAUAAUGACACUUUCCCAUUAUAUUCUUGCUUUAUUUCAGUUUUUUUAUUCUGGCUUUAUUACGAGAUUUUCUGCGUUUCGCCUGUUUGCGCCUAUUACACCGGGCCAGACUUACCCUCACUCCUUAACAAGUUCAAAUCUGUAGGAAAAACUUAUAAACCCACGCUAUACUUAUUUAGCUCAAAGUUGCAGUGGCUUUUCCUACUCAUCUACUGCCGCCUGGAACUGUUGUACAAAUCAUUUCUGUAUAAAAAUCGACUACAAAGUUCCUUAUCGUUUUUAAAGUUGGUUUAUAACUUUUUUACACUUUUACUUAAAUUUUUGUUAAACUCCUUUUUCUUUAAAAAAAUCUUCAAAUCCCAGCCAAUCAUAAGUUUAAGAGAAGCCGUAGAAGGACAUAACUCUUCCAUUGUUAUUCUCGACUGGUACUUACCCAAGUGGAUCUCACCACAGUGUGAACAAUGUUCUCUUUUCACUCAUAACACUCACAAUGAUCUCAACUUCGAUCCCAUUCACAAUACCAACACACCAAACACCACUGUUAACAGUAGUAGAAAUGUUAACAGUAGUAGAAAUGUUAACAGUAGUAGAAAUGUUAAUAGUAGUAGAGUUGGUAGUGGUAGGGAUAGUUCUAGAGAUAAUACUAGAGAUAGGAGUAUUAGAGAUAAUGUGAGAGGAAGUGUGAAAGAGAGUGUGAGAGGAAGUGUGAAAGAGAGUGUGAGAGAGAGGAGUAGAGUUGGUAGGCGUAAUUUGGAUGAGUAUUUUAAGAUGUAUACGAUUCAGAGUAUGGAGUAUUCGGAGAAUUCAAAGUUUGUUAAUUCUGACUCGGAUGCCUCUCCAAGCUCAGCCUCCUACAGCUCCGAAGACUCCAUACACUCACCCUCCUUCACCUCCACAGAUACGCCAAUUAUACAUCAAACUCAUUCUCACACAGUUGAUACUAUGAAGAAUAGUACGUCUAAUAGUACAUCUAAUAGAAGAGAAGAUAUGAAGAAUAGUACAAAUGAUAUUAUGAAGAAUAGAAGAGAAGAUAUGAAGAAUAGGAGGGAGGACAGGAGUAAUAGAGUGUCACCGGUGAUAUCGCAUCAAAGUUCGGAGAGAUUUGAUCCGUACUAUUGUAAAUUCAAUGAUAAACUUGAUACCACAAUACACAAACUUGAUAGGAAUGUUCAUGAGGACGGCCCGAACCCGAAGAUAAUUCGGGGUGUAAUUGUGAUAAUUGGUGACAUGAACAUUUCAUAUCGUAUUUGUUCCACCAGGGUAGGUUGUUACUGUAAUGAUAAACCUUUUGAGCCACGUGACCAGUGUGACUCUUGUAAUGAAAGUGAUAAAUUAGACCACGAGGGCUACAGUCUUGAGCAUCCUGGAUUUCCCACACUUAGGUCACUUGUCAGUGACGCUCUACGGUCCGGAUUCGUCUGCGUACACUUACACUUGAAUGUGAAUUUGGGCAUGGCCUGUGAGGCUUUUCCAGAGUCAAUUCCCCUCAGGUCAUUUCCAAUCUCACUUUACAGCGAUGUGUUGUUGGAUUUAAAUUCGGCACUUGACAAGGUUUCUCAGAGGUUCCCAAACUCGCCAAUUUUAGCCGUUGGCAUCUCAUUUGGCGCUAAUAUUCUCCUCGAGUACAUGACAGUCUCAGCACAAGGCGGAGCCGUUAAACUACUCUCAGACUCCGAAAAUGAUCAUUCACUACACAACACAAUUGCCUCAAGCCCAUUCGGAGAUACUCUCAACCACGGGAACUCAUUCGAUAGCUUCUCACAACCCAUCAUUGAUCACUCUAACACUAAUACACACAGUGGUAAUACUAAUAAUAUUAACCCUGUUAACCCUGUUAACCCUGUUAACACUGUUAACAAUGUUAACGGUGGUAAUUCGGUUGAUAUGUUUAGGAGUGGUUUGGGGGGUAAGAGGUUGAGUAGAAGUGUGAUGUCAGACGGUACUAAGAGUGUAAACACCGAAAAAUCAUUCAGAAAUCGCAAGUUCAGCCUCUUCAGAACUUCCCAAAACACAAACACACAUCUCACACAUGACACCAUUCAAAUUAAUACUCACUCUCAACCCACACACAGUCAACUGAAUACUCCAUUGAAUAAUCAACUGAAUAAUCCAUUGAAUAGUAGUGUGAGUAACCCGUUAGUGGGUGUGGAGAAUGAGAUAUGUGAUGAUCAUUUUAUGUUGAAUUUGGGUAGGGAGGAGUUUAACACGGAUAUUAAGACUGUGUACCCUGAGGAGGCUAGGGAAGUGUUUUUAAACCCGGAGCGCAUAUCAGCUGCAGUUUGCAUAAACCCAAACCUUAAAUUAUCAAGUAACGUUCUAUACAACUUGUCAAAGCGUAAGAGUAGACGUUCUAUGUAUAAAAGAUAUUGUCUAUCCAGGUUCAGGUCUGAGUUGGCCCAAUUACUAAACUCUGUGCACUGUCACAGAACUAAUAAUAAAUUAUCCAAGGAGUGUAACAACUUCAACUGCUGUCACUUUAACAGGGUUGUCUCCAAGUUUAACCCUGUCAAGAAAAUGUUCUACCACAUGUUCAAGUUCACUGCCCGGAAACGAAAGUCACACAACUACUCCAUAGAGAAGUUGAUUACCAGUUUACACAGGGAAUACCGUCACUCUUAUAGGGAUUUGGUUAAAAGAGGAUUAGACUACCUGGACUACGGUGAAUAUCUGUUCAAGUGUGGAGUCCGUACAACUGCUGAUUUUAAGUUAUCUGUGCUCAUGACUGUGAAGCACAGGUUUGAGCGUGAAGGCCAAGAUUCUAAGAUCAAGGUCAGACACAUAUCCGAACCCCCAGUUUACAAGUGUAUUAAUAAAACUGUGAACACAAAUUUGAGGAUUGGGAAAUCAGUUUUCUCCAGGAGAAAACUGGCCAAGGUACAUAAAAUGCUCGAUUACAAGGUGACCAAAUAUAUUACCAACUUGAUUAACUCGGAAUACACCAGGAACACAAGCAACAUCAGAGACAAUUUAGAGUCACUCAAAGUACCCACACUGCUAUUGUAUUCUCUCGAUAACUCAAUCUUCACCCUCAAAGAUAUCGAUAUCUUCGAUGUUAUCAAGAAUCCGAAUAUUGUAUACUAUGUAUCACAAACCGGUGGUUAUUCCACCUUCCUCUCAGGAUUGAGGCCGUCGUCGUGGUUUAUAGCGCCGGUACUGGAGUUUUUAGAAGAAAUGUCAACUAAAAGUAAAACAUUUUAAUCUCCUCAAAUUCA